CACCGCCCUCAUCAUCUCCAUCCAAUCAUCACUUCACUCCUCAACGCAAUCCCAUCAGAAGCACACGAAUCGAACGGAAUCAAGUCUGAAGAUGAGCUCGACAAGCAAAGCGUGGGUCGUGGCGGCCAGCGUCGCCGCCGUGGAGGCCCUCAAGGACCAAGGGUUCUGCCGGUGGAACUACACCCUCCGGUCGAUCCACCAGCGCGCCAAGAACCGGGCCAUGUCCUCGUUUUCUCAGGCCAACAACGGCAGCAAGAAGCGAUCUCCUCAGUCGUCGUCCGCGGCGGCGGCGGCUUCGAGGAGGCUAGCGGGAGAAGCGGAGGCGUGGCGGUCGGAGGAGUCGAUGCGGAAGGUCCUGUACUUGAGCUCUUGGGGUCCUUAUUGAGGAUCUCUGAGUAGUAUAGAUCGACAAGGAACUCGAAGUUGGUUGCUGAGAAUGAUUUAGACUGUAAAUACAUGCUGAAAUUACAGCAAGGCAUUAUAUAUAUUACGAGAAAGGAAUUUCCCAUUUGCAGUUGCA